AUGGCAGACCAAUCCAACGUUCACGAAGAAGAAAACCCUCUCAGGGGAAAUAACAUCAACGCCCAAACAGGGCAAACGGGAGGAACUCCUGGAGAAAACGCCGGAACUGCUGCCAAGCAAACUCCCGCAGCCGUAACCGACUUGUUACUCCAAAUGUUCACUGCUCAGUUCGAUGCCAUCAACAAAAGGAGCGAGGAACGUUUCAGUCAGAUGGCGGCACAGAUCGCCGAACUCAGUCAGACACGAACUCCUCUCCGAGUUUGGAACAUCAUUGACGAUCUCAAUGCCGACGGAGAUCCAACCGGAACUAUGAGGUCUGCCGCGGUCGGGUCAGCAAACCCACCAGCACCGGAUUUAAGCCGAGACGCCGAGUUUGAAGCGAUGAAAGCACAGCUUUGCGAUAUCACCUCAAAAAUACAUCAAGCCACAAGCGCGGCUCCGGAGAUCGAGCGCGUCAUUCAGGAAACACAGAAGACUCCUUUCACAUCGCGCAUCGCAGGGACGCCAGUCAAGCACAUGGAGAAACUGAAGAUUAAAAUCUACGAGGGCAACUCUGACCCUCGACACUUCCUGACGUCGUUCGGCAUCUGCAUGAAUCGAUACCAGUUUAAGUCUGCCGAAGAAAGAGACGCGGUUCAGUGCCAACUAUUUGUGGAAAGUCUGGGAGGAGUAGCUCUCGACUGGUUCUCACGGCUCGAAGCCAAUUCAAUCGACAGCUACAAAGAGUUAACGACGGCCUUCGUCAAGCACUUCUCCAUGUUCAUUGGACAGAAUACCAAGAACUCCGAGCUCUGGCAAAUAGCUCAAGGACCAAGCGAGAGCCUUCGCGACUUCAUCCAGCGCUUCAAGGCAAUCGUCACCAACUGUACGAUUAGCGACAAAGCCGCUCUCUUAUGCCUUCAGAAAGGAGCUCGGAUAAAGACCAGUUUCCGAAGCGCGAUCACGCAUAACCCACCGCAGACAUUAGAAGAUGCGUUACACCGAGCUAAUACUUACAUUGCUGAAGAAGAAGAAGAAGUUGCGUACGAGCAAAGUCACUCAACAAAACAACCCGAACGUCUGAAACCCGCGACUAACGAGCCGCAGUCGGGAUACGGUCGAGGAUAUGAGAACCGCAAGAAACUCUAUGCUAACGCAAUCCAACAACCAAGCAAGCAGUGGAAUAAUAAAUGGGUCCGCGGUGAAGAAGACCAAGACGAGUCGUUAUUCUGCGAAUUCCAUAACCGUAGGGGCCACAGCACCGAAGAAUGCAGGCAUUUGCGAGAAUAUCUACUCAGCCUGUAUCGCAAGGAGCCGAUCUCGGUCGACGAACUCCGACGCUCAAAUACGCCUAAGAGCGGUGGGCAACUCUCGAUGCCUCGACCGAACAACGAACAUCUCGAGAAAGCACUCGCCAAAGAUCCACCAACUCCACCGGCUUUACCGACACUACCACCACCGCCACCGAAUCCGCCUGCUUUGCCCAAGCAACAGAAACGGAAUCGCGAUGACCGAGCUCCGGAGAAUCAUGCUCCUAAGGCGCGAAAACGUGUCAACAUGAUAAUGGGGGCCAUCGAAGCUUGCAGUUAUUCCGUUCGAGCCAUCAAGGAAUACAGCAAACAAGCCGCUAGCACACCGAAAACCCCGCAGGAUCCGCCGAAGGGAGCGCCCUUGGUCUUUACCGAGGCUGACACAAUCGGAAUUCACAAGCCGCAUAAUGACGCUCUCGUUGUCGAUCUACUCCUCGACGACGUCGAAGUUAGCCGCAUUCUGAUCGAUACUGGCAGUUUGGUCAACGUUAUCUUCAAGGAAGCACUUGACCAGCUCGAGUUGGCGUCAGAUAGGAUUGAUCCGUUCAUCGAGCCACUUACCGGAUUUGAUGGAGAACGUUGUAUGACGAUCGGCACUGUCAAAAUCCCAAUCUACGUCGGCGGAAUCGCAAAGAUGAUCCAGUUCCUUAUCCUCGACAAACCAGCGAUCUACAACGCUAUUCUCGGUACGCCAUGGCUGCACGCAAUGAAAGCGGUCGCUUCGACGUACCAUCAAUGCUUGAAGUUCCCGACCCCCGACGGUGUGUACACACUCCGAGGAGACCAAGCCGUUGCUCGAUCGUGCUACAUAAAUGAGUGCAGACUCCACUCGGCCAACCAAGCUUGCGUUAUUAGUUCGUUCGGACCAACUGACAAGCUCAUCGUCCAAAAGACAAAGCCUAAGCAGGAAUCAAUCGUUCAAGUUAGCAUUGACGAACUCAGGCCCGAGCGUCAAGUUGGAAUUGGUGCCGAGCUCGACCCAGUCAUCCGUGAACCACUCAUUCGUUUCCUGAAACAGCAUACCUCAACCUUCGCUUGGUCGGUAGAAGACAUGCCCGGGAUUGACCCGCAGAUCGCGUGCCACGAGCACAAUAUAGAUCCGACGUACAAGCCUAUCAAACAGAAACACCGAAAGCUCGGGCCAGAGAAAGCGCAAGCCGUGAACAACGAGGUCGAGCGCUUACUCAAAGCUGGAUCUAUCACCGAAGUUAAGUAUCCAGAUUGGUUGGCAAACCCUGUGGUCGUGAAAAAGAAGAAUGGUAAAUGGAGAAUUUGCGUCGACUUCACCGACCUCAAUAAAGCGUGUCCGAAAGAUAGCUUUCCGUUACCUCAUAUCGAUCGCCUUGUGGAAGCAACUGCCGGAAACGAACUACUCUCAUUCAUGGAUGCGUUCUCCGGAUACAAUCAGAUUCUCAUGCAUCCGCAGGACCGAGAGAAGACAUCAUUCAUCACGGACCGUGGCAUCUAUUGCUACAAGGUCAUGCCAUUCGGCCUGAAGAAUACUGGAGCAACGUACCAACGACUAGUAAACCGGAUGUUCGCGAGCCAGCUCGGACGAACUAUGGAAGUCUACAUCGAUGAUAUGCUCGUAAAGUCACUCAUCGCUUCCGAGCACGUCGGCCAUCUUCGCACAUGCUUUGAUAUCUUGAAUCAAUAUGGUAUGAAGCUUAAUCCAACUAAGUGUACGUUCGGCGUAACAUCUGGAGAGUUCCUCGGAUAUAUCGUCACACGGCGAGGCAUUGAAGCUAAUCCGAAGCAGAUCGCCGCUAUUCUCGAGCUCCCCUCGCCGACAACCAAACGCGAAGUUCAGCGACUUACCGGACGUAUUGCAGCGCUUAACAGAUUCAUAUCUAGAUCAACGGACAAGUGCUUGCCCUUUUACCAACUUCUCCGCGGUAACAAGCACCUCGAAUGGAAUGAGAAGUGCGAAGAAGCCUUCGCCGAGCUAAAGAAAUAUCUGUCCACUCCGCCAGUUCUAUCCAAACCAGAAACCGGCGAGACACUUUAUCUUUACAUCGCGAUUUCGGAGUUCGCAGUUAGCAGCGUUCUUGUUCGAGAAGAUCGCGGCGAACAAAAACCAAUUUUCUACACGAGCAAGUCCCUCGACGGAUCGGAGUAUCGUUAUCCGACUUUGGAGAAGUUCGCCUUCGCCGUGGUUAUUUCUGCACGGAAACUACGCCCGUACUUCCAGUCUCACGCAAUCGUGGUCUUGACCGAUCACCCUCUUCGCACUUCCUUCAUAGCCCAAGUCAGUCCGGACGACUCGCUAAGUGGAACGGCUACGAAGUCUCAGGUCCUAGCAGAUUUCUUGGUCGAACUCCCACCAGAGCUCGUCGAAGAUAAUCCGGUCGUACAACCUUGGAUUCUUCACGCCGAUGGUUCAUCAUCCCAUAAAGGAUCCGGAGUUGGAAUACGUCUCAAAUCACCCGAAGGAGAAGUAAUCGAGCAGUCGUUUCGGCUCGGCUUCCCGGCAUCCAAUAACGAAGCCGAGUACGAAGCAUUGAUUGCCGGACUACGACUCGCUAAAGGUAUCGGCGCCGAGCACGUACACGCCUAUUGCGAUUCUCAACUCGUAGCCAACCAGUUUCACGGCGAAUACGAGGCCAAGAACGACCGCAUGGACGCAUAUCUCAAAGUUCUUAAGGAUAUUGCUUCAGAUUUCUCCACCUUCGAGCUUACAAAGAUACCUCGAGACGAGAAUGCAACCGCCGACGCCUUAGCCGCACUCGCGACUAAUUCCGAUCCUGAUCUUUGGCGAACUAUCCCGAUUGCAGCAAUCGAGCGACCAACCCAGCCAAACCGUGCUCCACCCCUCACCCGAAAGACGAAACCUAAAGAGGUCAUCCCCGAUCGCGACAACGAUACGGACGAGCUUAACGAUAACGAGCCCGAAUCCGAGGACGAGUCCGAAGGCCAGCACGUCCCCAUCGAUAUUGAAGCCGAAGGAGAAGACGAACCCGAGGAUUGGUCCUUAGAAAUCGUGAUAUACAUCGGAGAUGGAACGGUUCCCGCAGAUAAAUGGGCAGCUCGGCGCCUUAAGGCUCGCGCAGCCCGGUAUGUGGUCAUUAAAGGUAUUCUUCUCAGAUGGGACGCUUAUGGUGUACUUUUGACUUGUGUUCACGGCAACGACAUCGCGGAAGUAAUGCAAAAGAUUCACGAAGGAGAAGGAGGAAAUCAUUCCGGAGCUCGGUCCUUGGCAUUUAAGAUCAAGAAAGCCGGCUAUUACUGGCCUACUAUGCUCUCUAAUUGCGAGAAGUACACGGCACGUUGCGAGAAGUGCCAACGUCAUGGUCCGAUGAUAAAUCUUCCUACCGAGCUCCUGAUGACCUCGACUGCACCAUAUCCUUUCAUGCGCUGGGCAAUGGACAUCAUCGCCGAAGCAUACCCCGAGAUCCAUGGAAUCGACGUCAAGAAGUUUGUCUGGAAGUUCAUCAUCUGUCGACACGGAGUUCCGUACGAGAUCGUUACGGACAAUGGAACCCAGUUCACUUCGAUAAUUUUCCAAGAUUUUUGCGCCAAGUGGAAAAUCCGACUAAGUUUCUCUACCCCGCGUUAUCCGCAAGGCAACGGACAAGCCGAAGCCACGAACAAGACCAUCAUUGACGGACUGAAGAAACGACUCGAUAUCGCUAAGGGAACGUGGGCAGACGAACUCGAUGGCGUCCUGUGGUCUCACCGAACGACACCGCGACGUUUAACCGGUCAGUCACCCUUCUUCCUUGCGUAUGGCGCAGAAGCUAUGUGUCCAGCCGAACUUAACGUCCCAACCAUUCGCCGAACUAUGCUUACCCAGCAACCCGAGGCGAAUGACAAUAUGAUGAUCGACGCACUUGACUUAGUCGAAGAACAUCGCGAACGAGCACUACUCCGGAUACAGAAUUACCAACAACUUGCAGCUCGUUACUACAAUAAAAAAGUUAAAGGCCGUCACUUCGAAGACGGCGACCUCGUACUUCGUAAAGUCUAUCAAAACACUGAAGAGAAGAAUGCAUGA